CGUCACUCAAGCUCGACAAUGAGCAGAGACUGUUGAACUCAAAAGAGAACACCGAGAUUAAGAUGAAAUGGAUGAGAAAAAGCAAAAUGUUUCAGGUGCCUGCAUGAAGAGGUGCCACUCGGACCUUAAAUGAUGAGACCAAACAAUAAAAGCUGAAGAUGUGAGAUUGCCAAACAGUGAUGCUUGCCACCUUUUUUUAAUCAUUUAAAAUGAUGGUACAGGUAUAACCGUGCAGCAGUUGUCCUUAUUAAGAUCUGGAGUGAUCAUGCAUCUCCAAAACACAACAUACACACCUAUUCCAGCCAACUGCACGGUGGACACCAGCUACCGCUUCACCUACUACAAGACCUCCUACAGCGUGAUCUUCAUAUUCGGUGUGGUCAGCAAUAGCAUAGCACUGCGGCGUUUUUGUCGCAUGCCUCAAGCAUUCACCAGCACGGCUGUCUACAUGGCCAACCUGGCUGCCGCGGAUAUCUUCUUCGUCAUUUCCCUGCCCCUGCGCAUCUACUAUCACCACAACAAAGCAGCCAGCAUCUACAACCGCACCAGAGACUGGUCUCCAGGAGUGGCUUUCUGUCAACUGACCUUCACGCUGAAGUACAUCAGCCUAUAUGGAGGAAUCUUCUUCUUGGUUUGCAUUGGAGUUGACCGCUACUUUGCUGUGGUUCACCCUCUAGUUCAGCACCUGAGGAAAGUCCACACUGCCCGUUUGCUCAGCGUUGGAAUCUGGUGCCUGGUUCUUGCCCUGAGUCUCGCUCUGCCCUUCUUGUAUUCGGCAGCAUCUCAACGGCACAAAUCAUGCCUGUUGGAUCCUUCAUCCAAACGCCACCGUACUUUAAUCCUAGCUGCUCUCGGUCUGGUGCUAAUUGCCUACCUGCUGCCUGCGCUGCUCCUGUUGUUCAGUUACUGCAGUAUACUCCGUGUGCUUCGCAGACUGCCACGCCGCAGGAAGAUCCGGCACCGGCGCACACUCACCGUCAUCUACUGGGUCCUGGUGGUCUUUUUCCUUUGCUUCACGCCGUACCACCUCAAUCUGCUGGGUUAUACUCUAACACAGGUGGGUCUGGUGCAGAGCUGCGGACUUGCUAAAGUCACUAAAGUGCUCCAUCCCAUAGUGCUCUCACUAGCCAGCACCAAUUGCUGCCUCAAUCCCCUAAUAUACUACUUCUCCAGCAGCCUCAUGCACAAAGAGUCAACCGUCAGUAGAGGAAGUGCUAGUCAGUGAGUAAAAAUUUGAUUCUGAUUGAAGACUGACCAAUGAAGUCACCAUUAAAAUAAAGACAACUUUAAUAGGAUAUUGCAGUAUUUGAAAAUGAUUUGUCUGUUUGUCUUUGGCAAAAGCAAAAGAGCUGCAAUAUAGCAAAUACAAUAAUACCACCAAUUCCUGAUAGAUAAAAUCAAGUCUUGCCCUUAACCUUUUUUCUUGCUCAAGAGACCGUUUUAAGCCUCAUUCACACUACCAGCAACACGCUGCAUCAAAGCGAAAAGAUCCCAUACAUUUCAAUGGAAUUUCCGGCAAACUCCAACUGUACUAAUGACAGCGACUGGUGGUGAAUAGAUGUGGGCCUGUCCAUUAAGGAUCCAUCAAAUUUAUGCAAAUGAAGCAACAGCCAAUACAAGCAUUAAUAGAGCUCAUGUGAUCCUCUAUCAGCUUUUGCACCAGCCAGUUGAGUUCUCCAUGCUGUAGAUCUACAUGGAUCAAAAUUUGCUGCAGAUAGAUGGUUGUAAUUGCAAAGAGGACACAUUCUAUUUUCUUGUUCAUCAUUGUAUCUAAGCAUUUUAUUUACUGAUUUCAUUUAUAUUUAGCGUUAUCCCUCCAUAAUGCUUAUUAUCAGAUGUAAGAAAUUCAUUCAUUCAUAAACGUUACCUUAACACCCUCAAGGUGGAAGCGGCCACUAGCAAGACAGAACGAAGGGCAGCAACAAAGUUUCUGGUAGUGUGAAAGGUACGAUGGCCGA